GCCGUCGAGGGCAUCACGAUGAAGUACAGGGACGUCAGCCUAACUCUCCUCGACUCGCCCGGCUUCAAGGACACAUAUCGCUCUGACACCGACGUCCUGUACGAGAUCUCGUCGUAUCUGGCCGGCACGUAUAGCCAGGGGUCCAAGCUUUCGGGCAUCAUCUACGUGCAUCCCAUCACCGACGUUAGGAUGGACGGGCCGUCGCUCCGCAGCCUGCGCAUGUUCUGAAAGCUCGUCGGGGAAGACUCCCUGGACAACAUCAUCCUGGCUACCACGCACUGGGGGGAGGUUGAAGAGGCGAUGGGCAGGCGCCGAGAGGCAGAUCUGGUGUCCAAGUUCUGGAAGCCAUUUCUGUAAGGCGGCGCUCGGAUGGUGCGCUACGACGGAGGCCGGGCGUCGGGCCUGGCGCUCGUGGACAUGCUUUUAAAUAAAAACCGGGUUGUUCUCGACAUCCAGCGCGAGACGGUUGACGAGAAAAAGGAGCUGAUCGACACAGAGGCAGGCCAGGUGCUGAACGAAGAACUGCGCAAGAUCCAAGCCAUGUACCAGAAGAAGCUGAAGAAGCACAAAGAGGAGCUGGAGCAGGCCGACGAGAAGUCCAAGAAGGAGAUUGCUGCCAUUAUGCAGGAGAUGGGCGACAAGCUCGCCGAAGCGGAGCGGGCCAGGGAAGAUCUGCGCCGUACGGGCACGCAGCACGACCGACAG